AUGGUCGUCAGAAGAAGCAAUUCGCUAACCGCGCGCAUUACCGGCAAUCGGGGAGCGCGACCUGAAGGGAAUGGAAGCACGCAACACCUCAUGCAAAUGACUGGCCGACGUGCGGCGCGAGAGUCCUUUCUGGCUCCAAACAACUGCACUACGUCUUCCCGAGUUUCGCGCGCAAAGGCGAGCGUGAAGCAGGCCAAACUGGGUUGGCGUCGAAUCACCCUGAGACAUUCGUCUUUGGAGCGUCGCCUCAUGCGAGCUGCGUGGCCAGUUCUGGAGCCGGACGCUGCAGCAGGAGUGGAGAGCGUUUUGUGA